AUUGACAUUAUGCAAGUGCUGAAAUAUUUUUCUUUUUCUUCUCUCCCGUCCCCUUUUUCCUCUCUCCCCCUCUCUCCUCCGGGGGUUGCAAAGGUAGUUCGAACUCCUCCAGUCAUCUCGGCUUAUCAGCCGAAGGAGAUGCAUUCCUCUGGGCUGCUCCCUUUAUAAGUCGCUGCUGGCCGCCCGCCCGCCGCUCGCCAGCCCCCGCCAUGCCCCGGCCCGCGCCCCGCUCGCCCGCCGGGGGUCCCGCAGCGGUCCGGGGAGGGCCGGCGGCGGUGGCGUCCCCGUCCCCCGCCCGCCCCUGAGGGCGGCCGCUGCCGGGAUGUUCAGCUGGCACCGGAGCUUCGCCCUGGGAGCGACUGGGAGGAGAGGUGAGUCCCGCCGCCCCGGGGCCAGCCGGGGGCCGCCGCUCGCCGCCCCGAGCCCGCCGCCCCCUCCUCCCCCUUGGCGGUACUUAGGGCGGGCGCAGCCCUCCCCGCGCCCCGCACCGCACCGCGCCGGCCCCAUGCUGCGCUCCCUGCUCUCCGGCUGCCUCUGCCCCCACCCAGCAGGUAAGAAGAGCCCACCAGCUGAGGACAAAGUCGUGCUAACCCAUAUGAAGAUACUGAGCAAUGAAGGAAUUCAAAACCCAGGUUUAAUCCCAGAGGCUCCGGCUGACACAGCCUGCACAGAAGGGUCCCAUCUCCCCAGCGCCAGCCUCCCCCCGGACUGCCAGGGAAGUCCGAGUGCAGCAGCCGCACCGGCAGAUCCAGACUACGUAGAUGCCCUGGCAAGCACAGACUAUGUAGCCACACUGCCCGACCUCAGCGCUUUUGAGUCCAAGUGCCGCCUUCACAGAUUCUCCAAAUUUGAAUCCGAGGAUUCGGGGGUUGAAUUGCCAAGUGGGGCUAAUUCUCCAUCAACGCCUACGGGUUCAGAGAAGAGCUUUGUGCUUCACAGCAGAGACUCAUUUUGUGACUCAGGUGUGCUCAGCACCUCUUCUUCUCCAGAAAUUGACCAUCUGAUAAUGAGAACAUGUCCAGAGCGUGCCAGAGAAGCCAGCCACCAAGAGCCAGAGAGCGAAAAGCAAGCCGAGUACUUCAGCCAGGAGGCAGAUGCUGUGCAGGGCCCUACAGCUUCCCCUGAAGACUUCAAUGUCCCUCAGGAAGAAAGUCCUGAUGAACAUUUUGACCAGAGCAAAAGGCAGUCUCUGGAAAAGGAACCUACCCCAGAGAGGGAACUUCCCAGGGAAAGCACUCUUCCCGCCCCAGGUCCCAUAGAAGAGCAAAAGACAGUUGCCGACAGUUUCCCAGAGAAGUUUGGUAGCAUGCAAGACCUUCAGCUCUGUGGACAUCAGCUGAAGAAGUACCCCACAAGUGACAGUCUGGAUGAAUACAUGGAUGAAUGCUGUAGACUGAGUGAGGUGAACCAAGGUAACAGCAAAGCCCUGGGAUCUGGUCUGGGAUACCUGGAACACAUUUGCCAACUGAUUGAGAAGAUUGGGCAGCUGCAGGAGCACAACCUGCGUCUCCAAAAGCAAGUAUGCAGCUUGCAGAAAGAACAGAAGAUGAGCCAGAUAAAAGAGGAGUACCUUCUGCAGCAUUGCUCCUGUGGAGCUGCCAGCAUCUUCCUCAACUCCUACCAAGACAUGAAGACAUUUUUUGCUGGGAGGAGCAGACCUCACAGCCUCUUGGUUCAGACUGGAAACCCUUCCGAUCUUUCCAUCAUCCCAGAAAUAGGAGUGAACACUGAAAAGCUGAGCAGCUGCCAUGGAAGUGAGAGGCACCCGGAAUCAGGAGACAGCCAGCUGAUGGUGGGGCUCAGGAAGUCAUCAAACAAUAGGAACAACAAGGAGAAUGAGUUCAGAGAAGCUGGCAGUGUGGCUGAGGGACAGGCUUUUCCGUCAAAGGACCCUGCAGUAAGAAAGGGUCUGGACGUCAGCAAGAACAUCUUGGGUGAGAGCCAUGCUUGGGGCAGAAUGAAAGAUCUUAUGAGGAAGACACGGCUGAGAAACCACAACAAGCUGGGGCUGUCCUCCGCUGCUCUGAAGAGGUCCUGCCCACAGUUGUACAGGCCAGAUAUUGUGUCUUCGGAGCUGAAGAAAACUGAGAGGAACUCCAUGAUCGUUCUGGGACAAAAUACAAAGAAUGAAAACAUAUGGCCUUUCUGAUAACCCAAGUCAAAUGGAACGAGAAAUGCGAAGUGGGAACACCAAUGACAAAGAACCCUGGUCUUACUUUGUGCGACCUGAAUCCUGCAGUUAUGAAAAGAGCAACUCCAGUUUGAGCGUUGGAAGGGAAAGAUGGGAGGGGGAGGUUGGAAAGGGUCUGUGGACAGGUGCAUGGUCAGCUAUGAACGUCUUUGCUGCCGAUUCUGAUGUAUACUUACGAAAGUCAAGCCACAGAUGAGAAUUGCUGUUAGCCUGUUGGCAGCAUAACCGACGGAGACUUUUAAGUAAGAUUUGGAAAUUCUUCCUCCUCUCUGGGUUAGGAACAGGACUACCUGAAAAAUUGAAGCUUUUAAGUUAUCAUUGCUUUCUGGGCGCCUUUUCCAGCUGAAAUAAACUUAAGCUUUAUGGGACAGAGCAGCAUCUAGAGGAGUGCCAGAGACUCCUUGCCCGGCGCUGAAGUGGCUGUUGGAAGGACAGCUUCCUCUCUCGGGGUGGGGGCACUGAGCUGCAGUCUCUGCUUGUCCCCAACACAGCUCCUCCCUUCAGAGCAGCAUCUGGCCAGCUGCGCCGCAUGACUGGAAUCCAACAGGAAAACCAAGUCUGCAACGCCAAGACUUCCUACAAGGCCGUUCCUGAAUCUGCCACUAGCUUCUAACCCUGUGAGCCUGCUCCUUCUGCAGAGGCCCCUCGAGUCCGGUGCUACCCUCUGCAGAAGCUGGCGCCGCGCAGGCUCAUUGCAGGGACCAGCGCGAGGGGCACUGUGGGAAUCAGCCUUUUGAGAGGCUGGAGGCUGCGCCCAAGGCAGCACCCCAGCUUCACCAGGCAGCCCAGCUCUUGGGCUAGCAAUCUUUUGCAGGGGGAACCAGGCUUGACUUCCUACUUUUACGUCACAAGUCCUCCAGCUGUGCAGGUAGGGGCCCGAGGCUGUAGGUGGGGUAGCUGUGCUGCUGUAGGGCUCAGCCUGGGCUCGCUCUGCUGGGAAAAGGCAAGAGGGAAUGGAGAGCUGCAGGGAAGAGUUAUUCAAAUACGUACAUCCUUUAUAAGCUGUGGCUCUUUUGGGCCACAAUAACAACCGUGUAACACUACGGCUGUGUUUGGUGGCUGCCUUAUUACCACAUGUCCACUGAUUCCAGAGUCAAGGGACAGACAGCACAUCCUCGUGAAGCUCCCAUGGUUGCAGUGGUCUACACACACCAGAUCUUAUUGGUACUUGGCACAAUCAUUAACACACGUGCAGUAAAGAUUUAAAUAAUCCAACUUUGCUUAUUGUUAAGAGAUUAUUCUAUCCCCUGAAUUACAAUAUAAUUGCAAGUCAAGCAAUUGCUGUUUAAAAAUCCCUCCCCAAGCCAAACUUGCCUGGGAACCAAGACAGGAGGAGCUGGCAGGAAUGGAUCAACUUCAGCGCAGCUUAGCCUUCCAGUAACAGAUGCUGCCCCCUUGCUCACCUGUAUCAGCUGGAGCCCUUGGAGUCCUCAAAACCAGGGCAGAAUCUCUUCUGAAAUUCAAAGCACCCCAGCCACGCUCUCCCAGGGCAGCUGUAGUUUGCAGGGGAGAGCGAAGGCAGCAGCCCAGGCCUGGUUCUCCAAGUACUCAGCAGGGUUGUUACUCAGCAUCUCCCCCCCACCCAGUAAAAAAGUCUGUGCUGACUCAAAGUUAGCACCCUAAAGUAGGUGCCGUGUUUAAUGUUUCAGUUGUAGCUGCUGCUGCAUGACUUGGUUGUUCACUGUAUAUCUUGCUAGCUUCAUCCCAAGCUAGAAAGAUUUAUAACUUGAUUAUUCUGUGAAUAGUCUGUAUAUCUCCAUAAAUACAGGGGACUAAAAUCCUGCAUUAACUUACACCCUCCAUUAUCCUUCCAGCUUUACAGAGACUGUAAGGAACGUGAAUCAGUGCAAACUGAAUUUAAAGUGUUUUUAAGACAUAGCAUCAUGAACUGGUAUUCCCCACCACCUCCAUUCACAUUAUAGGUUUGUUGGUUUGGGUUUGUGGUUUGUUUUUUUUUUUUUUAACUAAAAUGAACUAGCACUCUUUUUUAUUACAGCAUUAUAUGAAAUAUAUUCAUGUAUUUUCAGAAAUAUAUUUAUAACAUGUAACAUACUGUAUAGUUCUCUACUCCAGGAUGCAUUGUAAUACAAGCGUAAGAAAUUUAAUAAAAGCAUCACUACUACAAUAA